CCCACCGAGUCGGUCGUCGCUUCUCCAGCUGGCCACCGGCCGGCCUUUGGUUGGGCAAGUUUCCGGCUCUUGGGUCCCAGAGGCGGGAGCUGUAGCCCCUGACCGCAUGGCGGCCAUGAAUUUGGCCAGCACUUGCUCCAGCUUCCAGUCAGACUUGGAUUUCUGUCCAGAGUGCGGCUCGGUCCUGCCCUUGCCUGGGACUCAGGAUGCGGUCAUCUGUACACGCUGUGGCUUCUCCGUCAACGUGCGGGACUUCGAAGGGAAGGUGGUGAAGACCUCAGUUGUUUUCCAUAACCUCGGGAAUGUCAAGCCUAUGUCUAUGGAGGAAGGACCUGAGUCGCAGGGACCAGUAGUUGAUAGGCGCUGCCCACGAUGUGGUAAUGAAGGAAUGGCCUACCACACCAGACAGAUGCGCUCAGCUGAUGAAGGACAAACUGUCUUCUACACCUGUACCAAAUGCAAGUUUCAGGAAAAGGAAGACUCUUGAUCUGUUUUUCUGGACAAGUCAACAAUACCUCCUCCUCUUUAGAAGGUGAAGGUGUUAUUCCUAGGUACCUCAUCCAUCCUCUUUGGUUGUUCACAAAGAAGUGUUGGGCUCAUCAUGUGGAUACUACCAUUGUCCCCAAAGGACUCUUACCCCUAGUCGAGUUUAUUAAAAUUAUAUAUUUUUAUAAAACCUU